CGCCCGGGCUCUGGGAAAUAUAGGCAGCAUCCCUGCUGUCCCAGUGCUCACUCUCUCUUUCUGUCUCACUCUCUGCGCUGCCCGCCUGAAUACAGUCUACAGCCGUGAGUGCUACUGAGUUACCACGGACAGACAGAGAGCAGACUGGCUGGUUGGACCGGUGCGUUUCCGAUACAACACUGCAUCAUUGUCUCAGAGCAGAGGGAAGGCAGACUUUAGCACAGGUACAUACUGGUCUUCACAGAUAGAGGCAGAAAUGUUGUUUAAAUUUGCAAUAGUCCUGCUGGUUUUGUCACUUUUGGAGCAAGUGGUGGGAUUGGAUAAUAUCGAUGUUCAUGACAACCCGUCAGAGAAACCGGCAAGCCAGAAAGGACGGAUGUCUCUGCAGAACACAGCUGAGAUCCAGCACUGUCUGGUGAGUGCAGGAGAUGUGGGCUGCGGUGUGUUUGAGUGUUUUGAGAACAACUCCUGUGAGAUCAGAGGCCUGCAGGAGAUCUGUCUGACCUUCCUACACAACGCCGGAAAGUUCGACUCCCAGGGUAAGUCGUUCAUCAAGGAUGCUCUGAAGUGCAUGGCCCAUGGCUUGAGACACAAGUUCAGCUGCAUCAGCAGGAAGUGCUUGGCCAUUAAAGAGAUGGUGUUCCAGCUGCAGAGAGAGUGUUACCUCAGACACAACCUGUGUUCUGCAGCCAAGCAGAACGUUGCGGUCAUGGUGGAGAUGAUCCACUUCCAGGACCUCUUCCCUAAAGGGCCGUAUGUGGAGCUGGUCAACAUCCUACUGAGCUGUGGGGAGGAGGUGAAGGAGGCCUUAUCUAGGAGUGUCCGGCUGCAGUGUGAGCAGAACUGGGGGGCUCUCUGUGACAGCCUGAGUGUCUGCUCUUCCCUCACCCCCCCUCCUGGUCAGGCCCCCGCCUCCCCCGACCACCGCCGCCACAGGUCCCCCCACUCCGAGCCAGACCACCCCAGACCCCCCCGACAGGGGGACAAGGACAAGCCCAGUAAAGGCGGCUUCAACGCCCACCCCCGCAGCCGCAGCCAGGGUCCCCGUCGACAGAGCCCUGAGGCUGGGGUGGCGGCGGAUCAGGAAGGCUCUGAGGCCACAGACAUCCGGAGGUGAAGAGACAUUGAACCCUAACUAUCCAGAGCCCUCCCUGACCGUGUCACCAUCAUAGCCCCCUCCCACACACACACACACAUGCAUACACACACACAGACAUACACAUAGACAGAUACUGUACAUGCAAGAACACACACAUCUACACACAAACACAGACUCACUCUCUCUUUCUCUCGCUCUCUCCGUCCUCUAUCCCUCUCUCCAUCCUCUAUCCCUCUCUCCGUCCUCUAUCCCUCUCUCCGUCCUCUAUCCCUCUCUCCCCCUCUCCUCUCCAGUCAUUCCAGAAGUCCUAAAUGGUACAUCUGCAGGGUAACUUGGUGUAGCUCGUUCAGUUACUCCAGAUUGUAGUCCACGAUGUUGUUUCUGUUUAGUAUUAUUAUCCUGAUUUUAUUUGAAGUGUUAGGACUUCUUGGGCUCUAAUAUAGCGUUUCUCAAAUCAUACUCACUGUAACAUCUGAUUAUAUUUGUAUUAUUUAUUUUAUUCUUUAUGCAAUGUUUAAAUAUCCAAAUGUACAUAGAAAUAUACAUAUCUAUAUUUAUACAGUAUGAACAUGUAUAAAUAUAGUCACCAUAUAAGAUUAUAGUACAUGGUGUGUUCUGUUGUAUACCACACCAGACUCCAUCACCACCCAUCUGUAGAUAUGCAACAUUCAGCAUUGUUGUUUCAAAGUGGGAAUGUGUUGUUAGUAUUAUAAUACUAGAUACUUGAUGAUUAAAUACAAACUGUACAGGUUUUGAAGCCCAGUUCUGGCACAUAUGGCUUGUAGUGCAUGAGGUUGGGUUACCAUGGCAAAGUAAACAAACUGGUACAUUCUCCGAUGGCCAGCUUCCAUCGUUAGGAUUCCUACUAUUAGGGCACCCAGGACACAGUGUCUGUCUGUAGCAGCAUAUGCAUACUGUGUCUCAAAUAGCACCCUAUUCCCUACAGAGUGCACUGCUUUUGACCAGGGCCAUAUGGGCCAAUUGGGUUGCAGACAUAGCAUAGGUUUAGUUCUCUCAGAAAACCCUCCUCUGAUCUCAGCUAAUGUGCUAAUGCAUCCAGGUGCCUCAACAUGCUGGUUCCAUCUGUAGUGACUCCUCUCUGUGAGGCUGAGGUUUACUAGAGUUCACUCGACUGGGGUGACAAUGUCGUACAGUAAGUAGCACUAGAACAAUUCAAAGGUGAUUUUCAAUUGAUUCGGUUUAAAGAUUAAUUACUGACACUUAUAUUGGACUCUUAGGUACAAACAUUUCUGUUGUUGUGGGAACAGACUCGCAGACACGCUACAGACAUGCUACAGACAGUCCUACAGACACACUACAGACAGUCCUACAGACACGCUACAGACACGCCUACAGACACGCUACAGACAGUCCUACAGACACGCUACAGACAGUCCUUUAGGAACGCGGUAGACGGUCCUACAGACACGCUACAGACAGUCCCACAGACACGCUACCGACAGUCCCACAGACACGCUACAGACACCCUACAGACCAUCCUACAGACAUUCAUACAAACAGCCCUACAGACAGU